AUGACUGCAGUCGUUUCCGAAGAUGUCGAGUCCACUCGCUCUCACAGUCGUCGGAGUCUGGUUGGAAUCAUUAUCGUGUUGGGGAUUAUGCAAAACAAGGGGCGCGCGCCAGGAGACACUCUGCUUUCCCGUCGUCCGAACGCCGAGGCUCCUUGGGAUCGUCGGAUGACCGCCACACUGCAAUCCUGUUUCGUGAUGCCCGCGGCG